CAUCCUACACCAAGAAGAAUGUGUCCCUAGCAGCGGCCAGAGACCUUGGGGACCCGGAGGAGUGCCACAUGGCUGCUCCUCCAGACACCAAACCUCAAGCUUCAAGCUUCGCGAUGAUAAACAAAACCAAAAAUGCUGGGCCUGGUCCCCAAGCUUAGCACAUUUUGAUCUAUGAGGGUCGCUACAGAAAGGCAGAUCUGAGACCUAUGGCACACAAGUGGGAGGGGGGAAGGAAGGAGAGAGAGAGAGAUACAGAGACAGAGACAGAGACUCUUCUUCCGUGGGCCGCGGGCCUUUGGCUUCAGAGUCUCUCCUGCUCACCGCGUGGCUGGGGAUUCCUUGUAAAGAAAGCAAGGGCCAUACCCUUCUUUUCGUGUAUCUGAGAGGCUCAGAUCAAAACUUGACCAGACCUCGAAACCUGCAGCGCCUGAUUCUGUUCCAGGAUGGGGGUGGUGGUGGCCUAGAGAAGGGACCCUAGUCUUGGGGCCCUAGCUUCAAAGGGCUCUCAACCUGGCGGCACCCCGGGCGGGCGAAGUCGGUGAAUCGGACCAGAGCACAGUACUUCAGCAGCUCAGCAACCCCGCGGGCCUCAGUUUCCUCUCCUCCUCUCCAGCCGCUCUGGACCUCGGCCCCUUUGGUUUGAAAAAGAGAAUUCCCCCCGCGCAGCCGCGCUCAGUCCUUCCUCUGGGAUUUUCCUGAGAUCCCCACGGGUUGGCCAAGGUCCCACGGGUUUUUCCUUUCAAUCCGCUCAGCGUCCCAGCCUGUCCCUAACGCCUGGGGUGCCUGUGCACUGGCCGGCAAUGGCAAUCUGCGGUCGGUCUCCAACCAGGGGAGCGGGUGCCAUCCCGAGCUUUCUCCGGCUUGCGCAGGUUUCUUACCGGGUGGUAUUUCAGCCCCCCUCCUGACUCCUCUAAUCUUGUAUGAGAAACCUGUGCUUGGGAGAGAAAGGCGGCCUUAAAAGAAAAAAAAAAAAAGUUUAGCCCAAAGCGUGAGAGCCACCAGCGAGUUGUUAUCUGUGGCUGAAGGCUGUGGUAAUCGAUGGGUUAUUUUUACGCGGUAAUAGGGCCCUGUGAUUGCUCUAUUAACCUUUAGACCUGUUUGAGGGACUCUCCCCUCACGGCCCCGCUGCGCCAGGGCCUACAGGCCCUGACGCCAACUCCAAACUCAGGUCUGACACCCUCCCUGCCCCCACUCGGGGGGGGGGACGACUAAAGCCCCUAGAUGGGCUUUAACGUUGGAGACAGGCUCCGCAACCCCCACUUGGUCCUUUUGAUUGGACCCCAGCCGCUGGGGGCUGCUGAGAGAACAGGGACAGAUGAGAAGGGACUGGAGGCCACAGGCGUUGGAAGCAGAGUGGCGAGGGGUGCGCACUUUGUAUAAAUACAUAAACGCCUGGGCUGGUGGCGGGUUCUCGGCGCCUUGCAGUCUCCACGGGCUGGUGGGAAGGAGAAAAGGACACUUGGGUCUCUAGGCGCCGACCUUCAGGUCCAGUUCGGGUUUUAGUACCUCCUGACCCUCUCCCGAGUGCAUUUCGGGGGCCGGGUAGAUCUGAGGCCAGCCAGGUACCCCUGGUGACCCAGUGUCCCACCAGCGACCAAGAGCCCAGCCCACGAGGUCACCUUCCCCUCUACCAGCUCCGCCCCUUGCCCACCGCGGCUGGACGUGGACCACUGGGGCGGGGGGGGAGAAAAGAGAAGGAACUAGAGAAUAAAACAAUCCUUGGCGGAGCAGCACACCGCCCGAACAUCGGGCUGUGCAGAGCCCGGCGCCGGUACUGAGCGCUCUAGUUCUCCGAGAUCUGCGCGCAUGGACUUUGCCUGCUGGGGGAGCUUUGGGAACAGCCCGGCUGGAGGACGCCGGGCGGAGGUGCAGCCACCGACGCUCACCCCCGCCCCCCGCCCUUGCACGUGACUCCCUUAGGCCAGUCAGCGCCGGCGAGCUCAGCGCGGGGGCCCGGAGAACCGCUCCGGGAGCAAGGGACAAACCGGAGGGGCCGCAGAGUGGCCGCCCGAAGCUCCGCCGCCGCUGCAGCUCCGCGGGCGCUGGGGGAUCGCGCCAGCUCUCCGAGAGGCUCGAGCUGGGCAGGGCUGCAGCCUCAGUGAAGGGAAGGAGCCUUCGCGGGCCCUCUUCGCUGGAGCCCUGCUGGAGCCAACGGCACAGCCUGGGCAUGCCGCUGGCGGAGCGCAGCGACUAGGCAGCUGUGGGUGAGCCGAAGGUCUGUCUGCUCAGGGUGUUCGAGCCCAGCCUCGACUACGUCCUGAGCACCUCCAGCCUCGGAGGUGGAGUGGACUCCAGCCCUGGAGUGGAGUCAGCCCUCCUGCACUAUCUGCUGGAACAACCACAAAUCCAAUCUGGGAUUUUUCUGAGCAAACCAGAGCCGGGAGGUUGCUCUUCUGAUGCUGGAUUUAAUUCGUAUAUCUUUUGAGGGAGUUGGGCCUCUCCCCAUUGAUUUUUGAUCUCCGUUUUCGUGACAGUCCCGCACACCCGCAUUCUAAUUCUUGUGGCUUUGGUUUGCUGUGCCCGCGUGGCUCCUUGACCCGCAAGUGAAGAGAGGACACCGACGCGCAGAGCUUGGGGCGAUGUACCAAAGCCUGGCCAUGGCCGCCAACCACGGCCCCCCGCCCGGCGCCUACGAGGCGGGCGGCCCGGGCGCCUUCAUGCACGGCGCGGGCGCCGCGUCCUCGCCCGUCUACGUGCCCACGCCGCGGGUGCCGUCCUCCGUGCUAGGUCUGUCGUACCUGCAGGGCGGAGGAGGAGGCGCUGCCUCCGGAGCCACCUCGGGUGGCAGCUCCGGGGCCGCCCCGUCGGGUGCGGGGCCCGGGACCCAGCAGGGCAGCCCGGGCUGGAGUCAGGCUGGAGCCGAGGGAGCCGCCUACACCCCGCCGCCUGUGUCCCCCCGCUUCUCCUUCCCGGGGACCACUGGGUCCCUGGCGGCCGCCGCCGCUGCCGCCGCCGCCCGGGAAGCCGCAGCCUACAGCACUGGCGGCGGGUCUGCUGGAGCGGGCCUGGCCGGCCGAGAGCAGUAUGGGCGUCCGGGCUUCGCGGGCUCCUAUUCCAGCCCCUACCCGGCCUACAUGGCCGACGUGGGUGCGUCCUGGGCCGCGGCCGCCGCCGCCUCUGCAGGCCCCUUCGACAGCCCAGUUCUGCACAGCUUGCCCGGACGGGCCAACCCUGCGCGACACCCCAAUCUCGUAGAUAUGUUUGAUGACUUCUCAGAAGGCAGAGAGUGUGUCAAUUGUGGGGCCAUGUCCACCCCACUCUGGAGGCGAGAUGGGACAGGACACUACCUGUGCAAUGCCUGUGGCCUCUACCACAAGAUGAACGGCAUCAACCGACCCCUCAUUAAGCCUCAGCGCCGGCUGUCCGCUUCCCGCCGGGUAGGCCUCUCCUGUGCCAACUGCCAGACUACCACCACCACGCUGUGGCGCCGCAAUGCCGAGGGUGAACCUGUGUGCAAUGCCUGCGGCCUCUACAUGAAGCUCCAUGGGGUACCCAGGCCUCUUGCAAUGCGGAAGGAGGGAAUUCAAACCAGAAAACGAAAGCCCAAGAACCUGAAUAAAUCUAAGACAACAGCAGGUCCUCCUGGUGAGAGCCUCCCUCCCACCAGCAGCGCCUCCAGCAACUCCAACAACGCCGCCACCAGCAGCAGCAGUAGCAGCAGCGAAGAGAUGCGCCCCAUCAAGACAGAGCCUGGGCUGUCAUCUCCCUAUGGGCACAACAGUACCUCCAUAUCCCAGGCAUUCUCUGUCAGUACUGUGUCCGGCCACGGGCCCUCCAUCCACCCAGUGCUGUCGGCUCUGAAGCUCUCCCCACAAGGCUAUGCAUCUCCUGUCACUCAGACAUCACAGGCCAGCUCCAAGCAGGACUCUUGGAACAGCCUGGUCCUGGCUGACAGUCAUGGGGACAUAAUUACCGCGUAAUCAUCCCCUCUCCCUCUUCAAAUUCCUGCUCGGACUUGGGACCUGGGGGCCAGCAAAGUCUGCGGCUGGGGCACGUUGGCCAGCCCCUUUGUCUGGGAAUAACUCCCGAAGAACAACUGGGUAGAACUUGAAGUUGUUGGCAAUCGCUUAGGGAUGUGGGUGCUGGGUUUCUUCAGACACCCUUUCCAGGUGGAGCGCUGGAAAGAGACUGCAUUCUUAGAGACGGAGCCCACCUUCACUGUGAGCACAGCACAGUGAGGUUCUUCAAUGUAGCAGGAGACUUCUUUCUCAUUCUCCACCUGCCUGUCCAGGACAGAGACAUAAUCUCCUUCACCCAACCCUUCACCCCAGGGGUUCUAGGUAGUGGGUUUUUCCUUGUGCUCCUAGGGUGGCUAUAGGGGCCCCGGGGCUUCCAGACACCGUCUACAGCCUGAGCAGGGUGUCUACCUGAUGUGGACUGGAUGCGGCAGCCCUGCCCUUGUCCAACACUCCCCUUGAGGCAUGGCGUGUCCCUGCAUGCCCCAUACCAGAUCUGACUCCAAAAGUGCUGGCUGCGAUGCAGAUGUUACCGAGUGCUCCCUGGGGAGAUGGUGGAGAAGGCCCAUCACACAGGAUGUUCAUCCAAUCACAGCCCAGCAGUGGUGCCUUCCCUUCCUUCUCCCAGGAACUCCAACAUUAAACCCCUUGCUUUCCAGCCUGAACAUCUCCCACCCCCUGCAAAGCUAGAGCUCAGUUGUGUAGCAGGCUAGUGCCACCUGGUGCUGCUCCCAGUGUCCCUUUUCACCCCGCCACGUGCAGGGGUUCCACGGAGGGACAAAGCCGGCCACCAAAGCAGGUUGGUGACUGCACUCAUCUGCACCUUGGGUCCCUCUGGAGGUUGUGUCUACCGCACAAUCCUGUCCCCAGGACCCCAGCUUGCUUGCUCUGAGCCUGCCAAGCCAUGGCCUCUCAAGUCAGUUACCUGGAUCUGGGCCUUUCUCCAGCACAGAUCCUUUGUCUAGGAAAUACAGAGUGUUUGCAACAUAAAUUCAAAGCAGAAAACAACAAAGCGAAAUUUGUGAAAGGACAAAGGUGACGGAUGGAAGAUGUCUCGGGGCCUGAUGGGAUUGCCAUGCUUAUAGCUGUCCUAGAAUUGGCCUUCUCCCUCUCCCAUUACUGGGGCCCCCAAAGAUUCUUCCUUGUCCUCAUCACCCACAGAGCUGUAGCCAACUAUGGCAUUACCCAUUGUUCCCCAAACUCCCAGCCCCCACCCCUAAAGCCUACCGGCCGUAGCAGAGAAUAGCUUUGAACCAAGAUUCUGUUGUAAUCAUCAUUUACACUGUGUUCUUCCUCAAGGCUGCCCUCCAUGCCUCCCCGCCUCCACAACCUGUUAACAUUGUCUUAAGGUGAAAUGGCUGUAAAAUCAGUAUUUAACUAAUAAAUUUAUCUGUAUUCCUCUUC